AUGGCGUCUCCGUCGUCGGCCUUGGACCACCCGCCGCCGCCAUCGGCACCCUGCCAGCCCCUCCACGUAGAAAGCCAACCGGUUGUGGGCUACCCUCCGGUGAUCGGAUACCCGCACCCUUGCCCGGAGCCGCCGCAGCCCUCCUCCCCCGAUUGUCCCCGGAGAUUCGCCGGCACAGGCUUCGCUCGCGGCGUGCUGGCGGGGCUCGUCCUGUUCGCUGUCCUCCUGUGCACGAUCAACAUCAUCGUUAAGGUGGUCGUGCAGCCCAAGCUCCCCGUCUUCACGGUCACUUCGCUCUCGGUCUCCGACUUCAACGCGUCGGGCUCGGCGUUGACGGCGAACUGGGAGACAAGCGUCGCCGUGGACAACCCCAACAGCAAGCUGAGGGUCCGGUUCGAUGACAUACAGUGCUACGUGUAUUACAGAGACCCGCGGGACUAUCUGGCGUGGACGACAGUAGAUCCGACCUCGGUGGGGAUGAAGGGCAGGGGCGUGAUCGACGCGAGGAUGGCGACGGCGGGGGCGUCGGGGCAGCCGGAGAGGACGGUGGUGGAAGACAUCGGCCGGGAGCGGCGGUCUGGGACGGUGGGCUUCGCGUUGGAUUUGGAAAUGAAGGGUACGUUUCGGUACGGGUCGUGGUGGACGAGGCACGUCCGGUUGCCGGUCUCCUGCGUGGAUUUGGCGGUGAGCUUCGUCGGUAGUGAGCCUCGUGGGGCCUUGGCCGGUGAUGAACCCAGAGCUUGCCGCAUAUUAUAG